AUGAAGUUCACUCCGGAGGUCCUCCUCGGCGCCCCCCGGCGAUCGUCCGCCGUUCCCAACGCUGCUGGGACACUCGCACUCUACACCCAGACUUCUUACUCGUUCGAGUCACAUUCUAAGACCAACGAGAUCCGCGUUCUCGAGAUCGAAUCUGGACGGUCUGCCUUGGUCACUAAUGAUCCCGGUGCAAGCAACCCGCAGUGGCUGGGUGACGGUGAUGAGCUUGUCUGGCUCAAGGCCAAGUCAAAUGGUAACACCAGCUUCAUCGUCGGAAACGCGUGUGAGGCCGACAAGACCUAUACCGCCGGUACAGUUCCCGGUCCCGUGUCGGAUUUGAAGGUCACCGUGAUCGAACCUGGCAAGAUCGGGUUUGCUGUCUCAGGCAAGGCCAAUCCGGAUGGGUCGCUGUUCAACCCGCAUGAUGCGAAAAAAUCCCACACUACGGGCCGACUUUAUACGUCUUUGUUCGUGCGCCACUGGGACUCGUAUGUGGACCCUCAGAAGAAUGCCAUCUGGUAUGGUCUCCUGGAGAAGGCACCCGUGAAUCCUGCCCGUCGACAAUCGGGCAAGUACAGUGUCUCUGGCCUUACCAAUCUCAUUUCGGUAUCGGGUCUCGGCUCGGUCGAAUCACCCAUCCCUCCCUUUGGCGGAACGGGCGACUUUGACAUCAGCCCCUCUGCAAUUGUAUUUGUUGCCAAAGACCCCAAUUUGAACCCGGCCACCCACACGGCCUGCGCAUGCUAUUAUGCGCCCAUGUUCUCGUGGACCAGCAUGAGUGCCUCGGAGGUGAAGCCUUGCAAGGUGAGCGGUUUGCAGGGUGCCAUGUCCUCACCUGUGUUGUCUCCGGAUGGCGGCUCUAUUGCUCUCCUGGCUAUGCAGACGGAUGGGUAUGAGUCGGACAAGAACCGAAUUCUCUAUGUGCCCAAUCCGUGGAAUGGCGAGAUGCUUGAAAUCUUCAAGACCGACGAUGGAAAGGGCGGAUGGCCUCUGAGCCCUUCUGCGCUUUCUUUUGCCCAGGACGGUAAAUCAUUGCUGGUCCAGGUAGAGGAAGUUGGUCGGGGUGUGUUGUACCAACUCCCUCUGGACGGUGUACAGCGGGCCACACCUAAAGCGCUGAAGAAGUUGACCUUUAGCGGCCAUGUCAAUGACGUGGUCCCCGCUGCUGCGAACUCGUCCAAGCUCUUCAUCUCCAGCUCAAACCUGGUCGACAACAGCGUAUGGUCCAUCAUCGACCCUGCCCAUCCCGAGAAAGCCCAGCUCGUCUCGUCCAACUGCCGCGGUGGCUCUCAAUGUGGUCUCUCUCCUUCGCAAGUCGAUGAGAUUUGGUUCACCGGAGCCGAAGGCCACAAAGUGCACGCCUGGGUGGUCAAGCCUUCGCAUUUCAAGCCCGGGGAGCGAUACCCACUCGCCUAUUUGAUCCACGGUGGUCCCAAGGCGCGUGGAAUGAUCAAUGGAGCACCCGCUGGAACCCGGCCUACUGGAUACGGGCAGGACUUUACCGACCGCAUUCGUGGAGAAUGGGGUGGUCGCCCUUACGAGGACCUCGUUAAGGGCUUUGAAUACAUUGAACACAAUCUCCACUACGUGGAUAUCACCCGCGCCGUCGCACUCGGUGCCUCUUACGGUGGAUACAUGAUGAACUGGAUCCAAGGCCAUGACCUGGGUCGCAAAUUUAAGGCGCUCGUCACCCACGAUGGUGUCUUCAGUAUGACUUCUCAGCUGGCCAGUGAAGAGCAGUAUUUCCCUCUGCACGACCUCAAGGGACCAAUUUGGAAGGUCCCGGAGAACUGGGCCCAGUGGGAUCCCUCCCGGUUCACCGAGAACUGGGCCACACCUCAGCUGAUCAUCCACAACGAGCUGGACUAUCGUCUGACCAUUGCCGAGGGUCUGGCUGCGUUCAAUGUGCUGCAGAUGCGCGGGGUGGAAAGUGCCUUUUUGACGUUCCCGGAUGAGAAUCACUGGGUGUUGAACCCGGAGAACUCGCUGAUGUGGUAUCGGACGGUGUUGAACUUUAUCAACAAGUAUGUUGGACUGCCGCCCGUUGCGGAUGAGCCUGAUUUGAGUGCUGAAAUGGGGAAACUGGCCCUGUGA